AUUCAAAGAGCUCUCAAUCUCCAUCCAACUCCCUCAAUUCCAUCAAUUGACGACGACCACCACCACCAUCCUAGCCUCCACCUAGCACUUCCUCUUCCUCAUCGCCCACAGCACCAAUAUUGUAUCCGAAUCGACACCAACCAACCAACCAACCAUGGUCUCAACCCGCCAUCACCCCGACGACUUCCCACCACCUCCAACCUCCCCAACCCCAAACACCAACACCAACGGCAACAACAACAACAACACCUCCAAAAAAUGGGUCCACACCCCUUCGACCCCGAUCACGCUGUGGCUCCUGUUCUCCGUGCCCCUCGUCCUCUGGGACGCGGGCUACGUCCUCCUCCGCCCGCACUCCAUGCCGGGCCACAGCCUGCACUCGCCGCUGUGGACCCCCUACGCGCUGUACGGCACGAUCGACUACAUCUACGGCUGGCCGGCCUUCAACGCCCGCAACGGCUUCACCGCCGCGCAGACCGUGCUGAACCUGUUCGAGAGCGCCGGCUACCUCUACUACCUGGCCGUCGUCUACCGCCACGGCACCAGCCUGACCGCCAACGGCCGCGGCGGCCAGCGCCACCCGCACAAGGGCGUGGGGUGGUUCCUGCGCGAGACGAAGGUGGUGGCGGGGCGGACGGGCGCGCUGGCGCUGCUGGUCGCGUACAGUGCUUCGGUGAUGACGUUGGGGAAGACGAUUCUCUACUGGUUGAACGAGGUGUUCUCCGGGUUUGAGAACAUCGGACACAAUGAUUUCUGGACGUUGGUCUUCUUCUGGAUUAUUCCUAAUGGUCUAUGGAUCGUCUUCCCCAGCUACUACAUCUAUAUCCUUGGAGCGGAGAUCGUGGCAGCGUUGGAGACCUCGGUCCCGCGGCAACGGGUCGGGCGACCCAAAUCUUCGUAGGCUCAGUUGGCCCAGGUGGAUGUGAGAGUUCAAGAGAUGCAUUUGAUGGCAGAGCCUUCAGUCCUAGGUUAGGGCUGUGUUAGGGUUGGGAUAAGUGAUUGAGGGGCCUAAUAUAUAACCAAGUCCAGCAUGGCAUCAUUCUCAUCAUCCUUUAGCGAUUCUCCUAUUCGAACAUCUUACCCCAGCACCUUUCCUAUUUAUGUACUGUACCCUAUGUACGCUUCAUGUAUAGUACUGCUAUCGGCUCUUAUCUCUCAUGUAGACCGAAAGAAUGAUUUUUUCACAAUGAAAG